UGUUUUGUGGUUCAAGUGGAGUAUGGAUAUUUUCAUAAUAAAUUAACAUUUAACAUUAAAUGGCUUCAUCGAUGCAAAAUAAUAGAGCCUCGCAUCCGGGAUAUUGCGUAUGUUGCAGAACUUGCAACAUGUGGUGCUGGAGAGCCUUUAAAUGGCUCCCAGUACUGUUAAUAGUGGCUAUUGUGACAUGGUCAUACUAUGCCUACGUUAUCCAGUUGUGCAUUUUUACCAUUGAGAGUACAAUUGAGCAAAUUAUAUAUCUCAUACUUUAUCACAUACUCCUGAUUAUGUUUGCUUGGUCGUAUUGGCGAACUAUUUUCGCUGAUAUCAAACCAAUUCCAGACAAGUAUAAAUUGCCUGAGGCAGAAUUGGAAAAGUUGCUUAGUGCAGAAACAGAGGAUGCACAAAGGACAAUUUUAGAGAACUUUGCAAAAGAUCUCCCCAUAGUUACAAGGACAAUGUCCGGGUCGGUGCGCUACUGCAACCGUUGUGUGCUAGUCAAACCUGACAGAGCCCACCACUGCAGUAUCUGUGCUCGCUGUGUGCUCAAGAUGGACCACCACUGCCCCUGGGUCAACAACUGUGUGUGCUUCCACAACUACAAGUUCUUCAUGCUCUUCCUAGGCUACGCGCUGCUCUACUGUCUCUUCAUCAUGUCCACGUGCUUGCCUUACUUCAUAAGAUUCUGGAAGGGUGACUUUGGACCAUCGGGUAGCGCCGGGCGCUACCACAUAGUGUUCGCGUUCUUCGUGGCACUAAUGUUCGCGAUCUCGCUUGGCUCCCUCUUCGGAUACCAUUGUUACCUCGUCGCACAUAACAGAACAACUUUGGAAGCGUUCCGAGCGCCGAUGUUUCGCGGCGGCGCAGACAAGAAUGGCUUUUCCAUGGGCGCCUUCAGCAACUUCAAGGAAGUUUUUGGCGUCAGUCCCAACCUGUGGAUAGUGCCAGUGUUCACCAGCGCGGGGGACGGAUGCGAUUUCCCCGUACGCCGCGAGCACCAGCUGCAGACGUUCAUCGCGCCACCUGACCACAGCUACGACGCCAUGGGCACAACACGCUCCAGCUGCGGUGACGGCAUCAUCUAUCCCCUGCCAACACAAGACGAAGACACGGAAUCCUUGCUCAGUUCGGAGCGAUGGGACCGCUGGGGCGAACGUGCAAGGCCCUUCGACGAACGCGCAAGUUCCUCCUUCGACGAGCUAUGAGUAUACAAGGCUACUCGAUGCAGGCAUAUGCUCAGUGAUUAUGUUCUCCUGGUAUCAUUGCAUUUGAAAAUAUUUAACAGUUUAUGUAUAAUUUACGCUACAUGAUAGAUUUUAUACCGUACGCAUGUACGAUGUUGUAAUUUGUUAAGAUUUUCUUAGUUUUAUUAUGCAAUAUUAAAGCAAUUUUAGGAACGAUUCUAAAAGCUCUUCUAAUUUCUCUUAUGAUCUUAUCAUUACAUAACAGAAUAAAGAACAGGUAAUCUAUUUAUUCAAACUUUUGUUACUAUUCUGUUGUAAGCAUUAGAAAUUGUUGUUCUGUUACAAUCCUUUCCUAAGUAUCUCAGAUUAAGUUUAUUAACAAAUAUAAUAUCUAUGAUUA